UAUACACGCCGGCCUGUUUGAAAUUUGGAGGUUAUGUUGCUACAAUAACACAGCACUUUUUCGGUAAAACACAGUUACUAUUAAACAAGUGGAAACACGUAUCAAAAAUUACGAAAAAAUGGAAAAUCGCAAAGGAGAAGAAACAAAGAGUGAAUGUACCUUCGGGUUCCAUGAUUUUGUUAUAGACAUCGGCAACACAACAUUCGCUUGUCAUACAGUUAAAAUGGAUAACUGUCUGUACUUAUGGGUAGGUGAUUCACGUGAAAAAGCGAUGAAUGAUUUGUCUUUUGCGAUUGAAUCACCCCUGGAAAAAGAACCAGUAGCAACAAAAAUUCUUGGAUCAAUUGCAAAUGAUGCUUCAAGCAAUCUGGCUAAGAGAUUAUCCAAAAAGCUGUCUAAACCUGUCUAUGUCAGUUUUAAUGUACAGGUUAAUAUUUCUCUACCCGCAAUAGAAAGAAAACUACAAGAAGAAUUUAAUGCACAUCCCGAGAUCUUUUAA